AGAAAUGGUUGGACCCAAAAAAAAAAAAAAGAGAGAGAGGAAGAAGGAAGAAAAGGAAAAGAGAAAGGAGAGCAUUGGUGCCAGAUUCCUGUAGCGAGUCCAAUCAGUCCUCCACCACACUCAGAUCUGCGAGUUUCGCUUUCUGUAUGUGCUCUGUGUGUUGAGAGCAAAUUGAAUGUUCAAUCCCCAAUUUCCAUUUUCGAGUUAUCAGAAUUUCAAAUUUCCUAACUGAACGCGAUCCCAAUCUCAGAUGUCUUGUCUAGCGCUUUCCUUGCAACCCUCCAAUGGAUCCGACAUACUUCUCCAGACGCGCGAGUGGUUCCCUCCCGCACGCGCCCUCGUCGCCCUCUCCGCGUUUCGCCAAACUCGCCGGGCCCUCGCUGCCAAUAAGCACUCCACGCCGGACGACGCCUACGCAGCGGAAUCAAUCGGCGACGAUCCCCUCGCGGCGUCGAGCGGCCAGGUCAUCGUCGGGGUGGAGAGCCGCUACCGUGUGGUGUACCGCCUCGUGAACGGCAUCUACGUGCUCGGCAUAACCGUCGCGGACCAUGACAACUCCGUCAACGUGUUCGAAUGCAUCCACAUCGUAAACCAGGCCGUCAGUGUUGUCGUGACGGCGUGCCGGGGCGUCGAUGUCACGCCGGAGAAGCUCAGCCGCAAGUACGCCGAGAUCUACAUGGCCCUUGACAUUGUCCUCCGCGGCGUCAGCAACAUCCGUCUCGCCGCCAUGCUUUCCACCAUGCACGGCGAGAGCAUCGCCAAGAUGGUCCACUCGGCCAUUGACACCGAGAACAAGAUCCGCGGCGCCGAGACGUGGCUCACGGCGGAGGUGCAUUCGCUCGAGCACCAGGCCUGCAUCGACGCCUUAUCCACCGCCUCCUUCGAGUUGCCGCCGGAGACGCUCGAGGCUGGCGAAGAGGUCGCCGCCAGCCUUGCCCCGGCCCAGCCCGAAACGCAGGAGGAGCCGCAGCAGAAGCCGGAAGAGUCUCAGGUGGAGGACCCUUUUGCAGCUAGUGAUGCUAUUAACAAGCCGCAGGAACUUGUUGAAGGUUUCAAGAAAACAAAGGACCCUGCUACCGAUUUAACCUCAGCUUUGGAGGGGCUUGAUGUCACCACAUUGCCUCCUCCUGAGGCUACUCAAUCCACGCAGAUAAAUGUGGAGGGUUUUGAAGGGAGUUACGGUGGAGUUGAGUUUGGGAAUGAGCAAGCUUCUAUUGGAGAAGCUUUUGAAGGUUUCAACGAUGCUUGGGGUGGUGGACUGGAUCCUUCCGAGUUUGUGGGCACAACCAAACCUCCCAAACCGCAAGGUCUUGGUGGGGUUGAAUUGUUGCAAACUGGGCCUGAUGCUGCUCCUAAAGCAGCUGCUGAAAGUGGUUCAGGAACUCCACUUGAAAACUUGUUGGUGAAGAAAACUGAGAUGAAGGGUCCUGAGAUGUAUAUCUCUGAGGUGAUUAGUGCAGAGUUUAGGGAAUCGUUGCUAGCACGAGUGGGGUUGAUGGGUGUUGUUUACCUCAGAACUAUACCACCCAAAACUGCUGGUGAUAAGGAAACUGAAUUCUCAUUCCGAAUUGAAGGAACCAGUGCUGUUAAGAGAUUUGUUAUUCAGAAUUCGCGUGUUAGUAGUCUUGGUAAUGGGUUGUUUCAUGUGAGGACUGCGGCCUCUGAGGAGCCAAUACCAAUUAUUAAGUAUAGCUUAGUUCCUAGGUUGACGCCGUUGCCUUUGAGGAUUCGACUUACGAAACGGCAUACUGGGAGUUUGCUUUCUGUCAUGAUACAAUAUGCUUCAAACCCUGAUUUGUUAGUCCCCUUGCAUGAUGUUACUUUCACUCUUAAACUGCCCGUUGAUCCUACUCUGUUGAAGGUUUCUCCAAAAGCUGUGUUAAAUAGGACCGAAAGAGAAAUUAAAUGGCUUGUGCCAGAAAUUCCGUUGAAGGGCUCUCCUGGUAGGUUGAGAGUUCGGAUGCCGGUAGAUUCCAGUGAAGAUGAUGAGGAAAUUGAGGUUGUUGGUUAUGUGAAAUUUUCAGAACAAGUAACCCAGUCAUUGUCUGGAGUUUCUAUACGGCCGGCUUCAGAGGGUAAGACAGACUUCUACGAGGUUAGUGACAGACUUGAGAGUGGGGUAUACAUGUGCGAUUGAUUUUGUAAUCAUAGAUGAUUAGCAGGAGCUGUACUUUUUCAUUUUGUGUCCAUGAGAUUUAUGAUUUGGUUGUGUUUAUAGCAUUCUUGGAUAUUGAUCAUGUACCUCGAACUCUGGAAUUAUCUGAAAAUAUUUGUUUCUCUGUACUGUGGCUAUGAUUUUACUUCAAUGAACUGUAUUUCCUCUUUGCAAUGUUA